GCUCAGUCCAAGAUGGCGGCGCCGGUGGACGCAGCCGCCGCCGCUGCCGCUCCCUCCGGGUACCGCCCGUUCGAGCCGGCCUCGCUGGGGCUGGGCCCGGGCUGGCGCCUCACGGCCUUCGGGGAGCUGCGGGGCUGAGGCUGCAAGGUCCCGCAGGAGGCCCUGCUCCGGCUCCUGUCGGCCUUCGGGGACGAGCAGCGCCUGGGCCGCGGGGCAGGGCCCGAACCGGAGCCGGAGGCGGAACCGAGCGGAGGCGGCGGCGGCGGAAACGGGGCCCCGGUGCUGGGCAUUGGGCUGGACUCGUGCGUCAUCCCCCUGCGCCACGGCGGGCUCUCCCUCGUGCAGACCACGGACUUCUUCUACCCGCUCAUCGAUGACCCCUACAUGAUGGGCCGCAUCGCCUGCGCCAACGUCCUCAGCGACCUCUACGCCAUGGGGGUGACCGAGUGCGACAACGUCCUCAUGCUGCUCAGCGUCAGCACCCGCAUGAGCGCCGAGGAGAGGGACAAGGUGGUGCCGCUGCUGGUGCGGGGCUUCCGGGAGGCGGCCGAGGAGGGGGGGACGUCGGUGACGGGGGGGCAGACGGCGCUGAACCCCUGGCUCAUCAUUGGCGGCGUGGCCAGCACCGUGUGCCGGCCCGGCGACUUCAUCAUGCCGGACAGCGCCGUCCCCGGUGACGUCCUCGUGCUCACCAAGCCCCUGGGCACCCACAUGGCCGUCACCGCGCACCAGUGGCUGGAUAACCCGGAGCGCUGGGAGAAGCUGAAGCUGGUGGUGACGCGGGAGGAGGUGGAAGCCGCCUACCAGGAGGCCGUGCUCAGCAUGGCCACGCUCAACCGCACCGCCGCGGGGCUGCUCCGCGCGUUCGGCGCGCACGCGGCCACUGACGUCACCGGCUUCGGGCUGCUCGGGCACGCGCGCGCGCUGGCGGCGCGGCAGCGCCAUCACGUGACCUUCGUCAUCCACAACCUGCCCCUGAUCGCGCGCACGGCGGCCAUGAGCGCGGCCUGCGGCGGGGGGCGGCUCCUGCGCGGAACAGCCCCGGAGACCUCCGGGGGCCUGCUGCUGUGCCUGCCCCGUGAGCAGGCGGCGCGGUUCUGCGCGGAGCUGCGCGGGCGGCAGGGGGCGCUGCCGGGCUGGGUCAUCGGCAUCGCGGAGCCGGGCCCGCGCGGGGCGCGCCUGAGCGAGCGGCCCCGCGUCAUCGAGGUGCCCGCGCGCGGACACGCCCCCCCCGCCAGCCCCGCCCCCGCCGAGCCCCUCCCCCCCGCGGAGGCGGCCUCCUAG